AUGACAAGAAAAAACACGAAUUUACAUGAAACAAUUAAAAACCAACGAAAAUUUUCACCAUUUCGUAUUCUACUAGAAUCAGAUCGAUCAGCUAAAUCAAAGGAUUUACCAGAAACAGUGAAUAAAUCAUUAAAAGUUCUUAUGUCAUUUCGUUUCGAUUGGCUAUCAUUUAUUGAAAAAGUUUGGACACGACUAACAUGUAAUUAUGAAGCAAGAGUUUAUGCACAAUACACAUUAGAUACGAUGGGUGAAUCAAAAUUGGUUGUUCUCAAAAAUUUAGCUGAAGCAAUAACCAAUGCAUCCUUACAUCGAUGUGAUCAUUUAUCAAAUAUUUAA